AUGACGGGUGGGAUAGACCUUGAAAAUGGCUGUUCAGAGACUGGUUCCAUGUUACCCAGACACCAGUUGAUCGGGAUAUACAGCAGCAUCAAGACUUAUCUGAAAACAGCUCUGCAGCUGAAAGACGAAUGGUGCUGGUUAAAACGACUGAAAGUAUCAGUGAAUGAAGAAUCUGCUAAUUGUACAAUCUACUGCAAAGAUGAUCAAAUCUGGUGCAAAACCACAAAACCAAUCACUGAAGGAGAAUGUUUGACAGCGAUUGUUCAUCCUUUGCAUCAGAGUAACAGCUACCCAGUGUUAAAUCUAAGUGUUAAGACGGAGACAGUAAAACCUGCAGAGUGCUCAGAUCAAGCAACAACCUACCCUGCUUCAUUACAUUCUGAUAUCCAGCUUCUUCCUCAGCAAGCAGGCAUGGCUGCAAUUUUAGCAACGGCAGUUGUCAACAAGGACAUCUUUCCUUGUAAAUCCUGUGGGAUUUGGUAUCGGAGUGAAAGAAACCUACAAGCUCACCUGAUGUAUUACUGUGCUAGCCGGCAGAAAUCUACAUCGACUCCUACAGAGGAAAAGCUUAAGGAUCCUUCUCCACAUGAGCGCAUCUGUCCCUUCCCGCAAUGCAAUAAAAGUUGUCCUAGUGCCAGUUCCUUGGAAAUACAUGUUCGUAGUCACAGUGGUGAAAGGCCAUUUGUGUGUCUAAUCUGUCUGUCAGCAUUUACAACAAAGGCAAACUGUGAGCGACACCUGAAAGUACACAUGGACACCCUAAAUGGUAUUUGUCAUGGCUGUGGAUUUGUCUCCACCACAAGAGAUACCCUGUACAAUCAUCUACUUAUGAAUCAUAUGACUUGCCAGCCAGGUUCAAAGGGUGACUCAUAUUCACCAAGAUCAAGCCUCCCUCCCCUUCCCUUGACAGAUGUGAAAGUGGCACAUUCUUUCCUGAGCCUCAAAUGUAACCAGUGUGAGUAUGUUGGUGAUUCUGAAUCAAGCUUGCAACAACAUAUGUCAUUGCAUGUUGUACAAGAUGCAUACCGGUGCAACCAAUGCCACAAGAAGUUAAGAAAUGCUGUGGAAUUAGCCAAGCACAUGGAACUUCAUCAAGACAACGAGUCACAGAACAAUAUGGAGGAAACAAAGGAUGAAGAUGAUGGGACCUCUCCAGUUUUAAGUAGAGAAGUUCCUGAGGAGCUUAAUAUUGUAGUGAAAGUCAAAGAGGAACCUCUCAGUUUACAGUGUGAAAGUGAAGGUGAUAGGACUGUGGAGGAGGGUCAGGAAAAUCCCAUUCCUGACCGGUCCUCCAAUGUUUCCUCACCAAGAAGUACAUUGAUAGCAAAAGUGAAAUCAGAAUGUUCAAGUCCAACACAAGUGUCAAGCCCAGUGCACUGUGGGACAGGUUCAAUUAUGCCAGAAGGCACUGUCCUUAUACCCUAUAUGUUCAAUCAUGAAACAUCUACGUUUCCACAAGCUUCAGAAAUUUUAGCCAAGAUGUCUGAGCUGGUUCACAGCAGACUAAAGCAAGGGGUCAACAAUUAUCCACUUCUUUAUGCAGGAGCACCUAUUCAAAAAGGAGCAACAUGCUAUGAAUGUGACAUUACGUUCAAUAAUAUCAACAACUACUUAGUGCACAAACGGCUCUACUGUUCUAGCAGGCACCAGCAAGUAGACAAUGCUACUGCUGAUGAGACAGCAAAGGAUUCUACAUCCAUAAGUAGAGCUGAACAGCUAUCUCAUAGUCCAGCUUCAGGAGUGGAAAGCCAACAUGCCUCUUCCUCAAAGACUGAUUCUGAAAGAGACCUAAGAAUAUCAAAUAUUGAUAGCAAACCACCAGAAGUCAAAAAUGAGGACAGCACCAUGAAGGAUACCUCAUCUGAAGGGGAAAGCUUAAGUAGAUUUAGUGAAGGCAGUCGAAGUCCAAGCAACUCUGUUGAAGAUUUUGAUGAUGACCCUUCCAAAACUGUUUGUGAAGCCUGCAAUAUAAGAUUUACACGACACGAAACCUAUGUUGUACACAAGCGUUUAUAUUGUGCUUCGAGACAUGACCCUCCUGUUCGUAGGCCAAAUGCAGGAAAGGUGGCGUUCCUUCAGCAAACUGUACGUACGCGUAAACGUCGAAAGUUGUAUGAGAUCCAUGGUUCUAGUCAUCAGCCUCUUCUUCCACCUUCACCAAAUGAAGCAUCUGUCCAUAGUCCUUCAGCUGCCAGCCUUCAAAGCACUGGGCUACCUAACAAUGUAGAAGCACCAAAAGUCAAGCAAGAAGCUUUCUCACUUACUUCAAGGUCAACUGAUUCUCUUUCCUUAUCAACAGGUUAUAUGUUAACAGCUCAGUCCAGUGCAACAUCGUCACCAAGCUCAAGUUCAGAUGUUGAUGGACCAAUUGAUCUUAGCAGAAAGCCUCGUAUUCAGGAAGAGCCAUUAAUUCAUGUUUCCCCUCUGCAUCCAGCCUCUCAUCUGUCAACAGAUUAUCAUGAAUGUACCUCCUGCAAAAUUAGUUUUAACAACGUAGAAAACUAUCUUACUCAUAAAAAGUAUUACUGCUCUGCAACUACUCUUCAGCACAGUAAGGUAGAGAAUCUUGCCAGAGUAAAGAUGCAGGCUUCUGCUACAAUAAAAGCUAAAAGAAAUAGGAUGGAAAUUACAGACCCUCAGCCACAGAUGCAAACAGAGGAACUGAAAAAGAAAGAUAUAAGCACUAAAUGUAUUUUAGAAAGUCCAAAUGUGGUACAUAGCUCUAUGACACCAAACAACUCUCCAGGAAUGUAUCUGAAUAGUCCAGAUGCUUUGCAGGAUGGGACUCAGUCAUCCUCCCACGUUAAGACCUUCUCAGGGCCUCAGCGUGCUCAUUCAGUCAUCUGUCCCUAUUGCCCACUUAAUGGACCAAUUGAAGGAGAUCUUAUUGAUCAUUUUAAGAACGUUCAUGAUUUCAAGCAGCUUUCAACUGGACACACAACAGAAGGUUUCACGCAGGAUAUUUCAUCACAGAGUAAACUCAUGACGAACAAUAUUUCUGAAGGGGGUCCUCAGAAUUUGAGAGCUCCUGCCUCAUCUUUCAAGUCAGGUGCACAAACACUGAAGAAUAUCCCAAAUGCCAAAGAUCAAAGAGAACCUGUCUGUUCCCAAUCUUCAGGUGAAAAUCCUUUGCAGAACAUCUCAUCUAUACCUUUAAUAACACCCUCUCCUAACAUUGCUUUGAAAAUAUUACCAGUGCCUGACAGCCCCAGGAACCAAGGCUUAAAAUUAAUCAGCCCAUCAAUGAAUGUUGACAAAUCUGUUCAGACAGCAAUGUCACUCCCAAGCCCGGUGCAAAAUGGAAAUCACAGAUACUGUCGCUUGUGCAACAUCAAGUUCAGUAGUCUUUCAACAUUUAUAGCUCACAAGAAGUAUUAUUGUUCUUCUCACACUGCAGAACAUGUCAAAUAAAUUCUUGCAUCUGCAAGCUGUAUCAUGAAUGUUUGCUCUGAAUUUUAGCACAAAUUAACUAACACCUCAAUGUCUUUGUGCAUUUGCUGUACAGUUUAGAAACAAUCAUGAAAACAAAACAUUGGUUUCUGGUGUUGAAAUGUUAACAACAUUUCAAUCUUAGUAAGUUAUUUGAAAUGGCCCAGGAUGGUGAGUCAUUUGUUGAAUAAAAAUCUCUCCUUUAGUUCUACCUUAAAUUGGAAUAAUUUUCAAAUCCUUAUGCUUAGCUGGUAAAGUGCAUUAAAAGAUUGUACUUUUCUCAGUUGAAGCACUGAAUAUGGAGGAUAUGUUGUAAAUAAAUCUUCCACAUCUGUUUACAGGUCCAGUAUUUAAUCUCCUUUUGAAGAAACUGUGUGAAAGAGGCAUUUUUACCAGCUGAAUAACAUAAUAUUUCAUAUUAUUCUCCCAAAUCAAAUUAAUUAAAUAUCGAUUUUCUUCAGAAACAUUUUCAGAAUAUUCCAUGUGCAACCUUUUGGUGAGUUUAUAACAAAACAACUGCUUUAUUUUAAUCAUUUUUUAUGACAAUCUAGCACCUAAUCUCCCUUCCAUUUGGGGGAGUAGCCUGCAGAUUAUGAAAUAAGAAAGCAAAUGGUUGGGUUAGUUAAAAGCAUCCCACAGAUUUACUUAUUGAAGAAACCCAUAUUAAAUUCUCUAAGAUCACAAGUGCUGGUUAAAUAUCCCUCUUCUAAAGGAAUUUUAAUGUUAAUAUAACUUUGACAGUGCUCUCAGUCUUCAGGACAUCCCAUGACAUUAAAAAUAGCGUUCUAACCAUGAAUUCCGACCUUCCCUCACUAUUGGAUGUAUUUUCAUUCCAGGAGAGGCAUGACUUUGAUAGGCAGAUUGGCCAGAAUUUAGUGUGACAAAUUCAGCGUUCGUAACUCUAGUCAAAAUGUUGGAUAUGAUUCCUAAGAAACAUUGAAAGUCACACUUUUUCCUCUCAAUUUUUAUCUCGCAAGUACUGACAUUUGAAUACUACUGAAAUAAAUGAUCACUAGGGGACAAAGUAGUUUAAAACUAGUUGGUGUAGAUUUAAUGAUACUUUAGCUAAUUAUUUAGUUAGUGCAUGAUAAACCCGUCAUUCUUCAUUUCAGUACAUUCAAUUGUCAUAAUAUCUCUAAUUUUUAUUUAUUAGUGUUGUAUUUAUUAUCAGGGUUUACAUGCCAAGACAGCACUAACACACAAAUGUGCUGACAACAGCAUUUAUAUUAUUUUUGAGCUUUGUUUACCACAAAAGGACUCAAAUUAACUAGUAAAUGCUAUGAAAAAGAAUUUACUUUGAAACAUUUCAUUGUACAUGAACUGUAGAUUCAAUGCACCCUGGGUUUAAUUGCCUUUCCUUUGCAUUUUAUUAUUUGUAGAUAAAGCUUAUUGCUAUAACACACAUUAAGUGUGCUUAAUGAAUUGAAUGGUAUCUUGGUGCUUUAAUGUAACUGAUUCCUAAUCUUUAUCAAUAUGGUCAUUUUCAUGAAUAACUGUUGAUCAUUAUUGUGUUUUAUGUUGCUCAACCAAAAGGUGCAGUGUUAGAAAAAAGAAACUAGUUGCUUGUCCAGUGGCAUUUGUCAAAGUUAAAAAUGUCUUCUGCCUUUUAAAUUUGGUUGGGAGGAAAGCAGGAUGAAAAAAAGGAAGAGAAGGCAUCAACCCACCUGGGCUAGUUCAACCUGAAGAAAUGUAAUGGAAAUGAGAGCACAAAAUGACACAAUUCAGCUCAUUGUACAUGUGUCAGUGUUAGCUCUUGACUUGAAUUUCUCUCUUCACCUCUUCCCCCUUUCUAGCCAUCACAACCCUUGCCAAUGAGUGUCGUGCCCUGCUCAAGUUAAACAAACUCAUUUUUUUCCCUGCUGAUAGAAAAUGAGACACAAAAAUGGAAGUUUUUACUCAAAUUCAGUGCUGUCAAGCAAGCAUCUGCUGUUCUCCCAGGCAGAUUGAUUUUCUUUCUUUGGGUCAAAAUGUGUUACUGACCAAAUAUUUCACCUGUAGACUGUUACCUACAAUGCCUUGGAAGUCUAUUUAAGGUAUAUUGUGGUAUAAUUUUAACCAUCAUUCAUACUUUCCUCAUCCAGAAGAUUGUUACGUUCUCUAAAUUCAAUAAAACACAUAUGGUAACUACACAGUUUGUAGACUGAAAAUAUUUUAUGAAGAUUUAUGAAAGCAAUGACAUUUAAAUGAAGUUGGAUCAAACAAAAGGUACAUGGUCUCUGAAACUUUUGCUGUUUGCAUGAUUGUUCCUACGUAAUCGGAAAAGCUAUGCUUUGGUUGCACGUGUGUCUUUCUAAGACUUUAUGAAAUACAAGAUUUUUUUACUUUUCCAGAAGGUGCUGUUAAUUUAUUUAUAUUGUAGAGCAGUGUUUACUAUGAUAAUCUGUGGAAUAAACCUUGACAUAAAUCUCCCUCUACAAAGCAGUGCUAAUGGAUAUUCAGAUAAUAAAUCCAUUUUUACACUUUUGCACUGUAUUGUAUAAAUUUCGCUGUAGUUUCAGACCUAUUUACAGGAUAUUUAUGUUUAAAUUCAGCACUUUUAUACCUGUCUGAAUUUGCCUACUAUAAUGACCAAUAAAUUUCAACUCUCAGUUGAAAGCUGCCUUCAAUGAUUUAACCAUUUCUGAAACUGAUCAUGUUGUUGAAUUGAAUGUCAUUCUUAAUUUCCAAUUAGGAAUUGACCCCUACACACUAGUUUGAGCUAUGCAUGCUAAUAAAUUGU